AUGCUUCGCCGCCCUGGCACGCGGCUUGGUGCCCGGCUGUGCGCCGGCGAGCCGCCUGCGCCAAGGGGCAGGUACCUCUCAACGCCAUCCUCGCCUGCGCCAGACGUGGCGUCCUCCACCUCCACUGCAGUGCUGGAUGAGCCAGCAUCGAUCUUUGAACGCAUCUCGAAGCCACAGGCCAAACCCCAUCUGUCACGAGAGAGCUUGGACUUGUUCACAAAGCUGGCAAGCCCUGAAGAUGUGCCUCUGCAGUUCCGGCAGGCCGCCAAGACCUGGGAGGCGCUGAGCCGAACCGCGGUUUAUUCCCUGCGCCACUUCAAGGUCAGCCAUGUGGCCGGAAUUCUAGACAGCUGCGCGCAGGUGUCAUGGCGAGACGACUACUUGCUGUGCGGUCUGACUGAGGCCCUCCGCUGCGGCGCAGAGCUCCGGCGGGGUACCGUCAGGGACUACUCUCUGUGUCUUCAAUCCCUGCGCCGCCUGAAUUACUGCCCCUGGGUUGGAGCCCUGAGGCCUGUGCUCGCCGAGCUGCGGUGGCGCUUGCGGCGUCAUCACUGGAGACCCAUUGAUGUGGUCCUUGCCCUUCGAUUUCUUGCGGAGUUCUCUGUCCAGCAUCUGCCGCAGGUGCGUCUGGAGGCUGUGGCAUUCUGCCGCGAGUUGCAGAUGAAGGCUGAGAAGAAGCUUGGCAACAUGAGGCAUCUGGAACUCGCCCACUUUGCACGUUCACUGGUGCAACUCAACGACAAGGGGGGCUUGCCGGACACCCUUCUGCUGGAGCGCGUCGCGGACAACUUCUCGCGGCGGGCAUCGGAUCUUCCGUUAGGUGCACUGCUGCAUAUGUCGAGCAGCCUGCUUGCGGCUCGCGCCGACGCUCCAACCGAAUUUCGUCGUGUCCUGGUGGAUAAGGCUCAGGCGCCGCACUGCGCACGUGAUGGCUUCUGA